GCAGUGCGUCAAUCUGAUCGGUUAGAGAUAACAUGGCGGCCGAUACCGAUUCAUCAAGUACUAAAUUCUCGAGAUCUGAAAGCUGUUCUUCUUUUAUAUCCAACUUCAUUCUUUUCUUUAUCUGUUUCGGCACCUUUUCCGACGCAUCGACAAUUACAUUCUAACCUUUCGACAAGUGACACUGUGUUAUUAUUGUUUUUCUUUUUUCUCUUUUUUUCUGGAAAUAUUGAAACUGAUUUGAACUUAGAGAUGGAAAACGGGACUGCAAAUGAUGGAAAAUCAGUCGCAGAGAAACAUGCUGAAAGAAUGAAACGCUUGAGAGAACUCCAUACGAAAAGAAACGAGGCUAGACAGCAAAAUCAUAAAGAAGUUGUAGAGGAGGAUAAAAGGAACAAACUUCCUUCAAAUUGGGAAUCUCGUAAAAGGCAAGCAGAAUGGAUCAUUCAAGAUGAAGCUGCAAGAAAAGCUGCCGAAGAAAAAGGAGAAGAUUAUGAGAGAACAAAAUUACUUCACAUUGAUGCAACAGAAGCAGAACGUAUAGCAAGAAAGAAAAAAAAUAAAAAGAAUCCAGAUCCAGGUUUUUCAGACUAUGAACAAGCAGCUAUUCGUCAAUACAACAGGCUGGUGAAAAAUAUUAAACCAAACAUGGAUUCAUAUAACGAAGCCAAAGAAAAGUUAGGUCCAGCUUUUUACGGGGAUAGGAAUACUAUAUUACAUGGUCUGCAUGAAGAUAAAAAAGAAGCUGUUGACAAAAUGGUGGAAAACUUGGAAAAACAAAUUGCAAAGAGAGAAAAAUAUAGUAGAAGAAGAAUGCACAAUGACGAUGCCGAUAUCGAUUACAUCAACGAACGUAACGCUAAAUUCAACCAGAAAUUAGAAAGGUUCUAUGGGGAAUAUACGCGUGAAACAAAGCUGAAUUUGGAACGAGAAAAAACAUGCUAUUAAGGUACUCAAGUUUCCUCUACCCCAGAGGUGGCGGAGGUGGCGGAGGUGAUGUAUCGAUGUUCAAGCGUGUUAACGAGGUCGUAAAGUCGUCUAUCGAUUUUCCAGAAGUCGUACCUGUGUUUCCGUGA